AUGACUGAAGAAAUUUCACAGAAACCCGCUCCAUUUCGUCCUAUUGCUCCUUCCAUACCAAAGAUACUACCUUUAGCGACAUCGACUAAUAUUACUGAUUAUAAAAAACGAAAGUGGGAUGAAAUUCUAGAUGAUUCAAAAGGAAUCACCGAUCAGCGUCUACGUCGUAAAGAACAGAACCGAGCCGCUCAACGAGCAUUCAGAGAACGCAAAGAGCGGUACGUCAAGGAAUUAGAAGACAAGAUUCGAGAACUUUGUGCUGCUCAUGCCUUGGAAGUGGCACAACUUCGAAAGGAAAUACAAGACCUACGUAGUCAACUUGAGGACAAAAAAAAACCAGAACAAGAACGAAAAAGCUCAGCCGUUGCCUGUAUUCGAGACAAGGAUGGCGUGUCCUUUUGUGAAAGGCUAAAAGAGGAAGUCUGUUCGAACGCUUAUAACCAACUUCUGACAGAACCUCUGUUUGAUUCAGAGGGCUGUCUGAUCGAGACCGUGGCAGACCAUCCUGUGCCAAUUGUUACCACUUCGAUCACGAAAAAGAACGAAAUAUUCGAUCAGCUUGAGCAGUCUCUGUUUGAAUCGCUUGUCGAGGCAGAUAAGCCUCUGCUGGAGGAAUCGUGUAAUCUGAUCUCCUGCUCAGAGGUUUGGAAGAAGUUACAGGAUCAUCCAUUAUUUGAAAAGUUUAAUCUAGAGGAACUAUGCGAUUUGUUAAAGACAAAGGCCAUGUGUUCUCAGUCAGGUCCUGUCUUUUCGGAAUGCGAUAUCAAAGAUAUUUUAAAGAAGAUAGAGAGCAAAGUUCAGUAG